AUGCCGACUGCGACGAGUUUUGCGCUUGGUUCAGGCGCUUUGAGCGAUGAAUGGUGCUUAGGGGGUCGGGGAAUAAGCCGAGCCCGGCGAGCUCGGCAGCAAAAACCACUGGAGCGGGUUGGGCCCUUUGCCUGUCCGCCUCCUCGUCUCCCCCGCCUCCCCUCCUCGGCCCUCUGCAACCCCUCUGCACCCUCUGCGCGGCGUCAAGCUCCCCGCGUCGUCUACCGCGCGCUUCACCUCCUGGUGCAUGACGUUCUGGCCAAGGCACGGGCAGACAGAGGUACGGCGACACAUGGGGACACACCCUCGAGGGUCUAUCUCCGCCGUAGGCAGGUAUCUGGCGGCACUGAGCGCUCUACCGCGGUGGCUCACCUCAGCCAACCCCUCGCUAACUUUCACUCCACCGACCCCACAUCCCCCACACCCGCUCAGUCCGUCCGACCCUCCUACCCGUCACCGGUGACUUUCUCUACCCCGCAACGGCACCGUGCAACCACCGGCGGCACACCUGUCCCCAACGACUCUUUCACUCUGGGAGACACAUCGAAGAAUCUCAGCAACUCUCCACCCAUGACAAUACCCAUGACGCCGGCGUCCGACAUUGACCGCAUCGCGGGGCUGCAGACUGAGGCGAGGAAUGAGGGGACGGCCGAUAUUGACGUCGUGUCCACGGUGGAGAUGAUGGGUACGUGGUUGUCUCGAGCGUCCCGAGUGCCCCACAGGGGCACGAGGUGUGCGAGAGAGACUGCAGACUGGGAAGACAAGGCUGACAACUCAGAAAUGAUCAACGCGCAGGACAUGACUGUCGCCCUCGCCGUGCAGCGGUGUAUCCCCUCUGUCGCAGCGCUCGUGGACGCCGUACACCCUCGGGUGGCGCGCGGCGGGCGCGUCGUGUACGUCGGCGCCGGCACGAGCGGGCGUCUAGGCAUUCUCGACGCUUCCGAGAUCCCGCCAACCUUUUCCGCGCCUUACGGACAAUGGCUCGGUCUCAUUGCUGGCGGCCCGCGCGCGAUCCAGUACUCUGUCGAAGGGGCCGAGGACUCGCCCUCCCUCGGCGCCUCAGACAUUGCGGACCUCAUGCUCGACCCAGCGCGGGAUACAGUGAUCGGCCUCGCCGCGUCGGGGCGGACGCCGUACGUCCUCGGGGCGCUCGAGGCGGCGCGGGCGCAGGGCUGUCUGACGGCUUCUGUCGCCUGUGUCUCCCCCUCAAAGCUCGCCGAGGUGGCCGAGCUCAGUGUGGAGUGUCCCGUCGGUGCCGAGGUCAUCACGGGCUCGACCCGCAUGAAGGCCGGCACGGCUACCAAGAUGAUCCUCAACAUGCUCUCGACGGGCGUGCAGCUGCGCUGUGGCAAGACACACGGUAACCUCAUGGUCGACGUGCGCCGGAGCAACGCCAAGCUCGUUGCGCGCGCACGCCAUAUCGUCCGCACGGUGCUGGAGCCAUACGGCAAGCGGGAAAGGCUCGGCGUGGACUUGGGCAACGACGAGGCCGUCGAUCGGUUAAUCGACGAAAGCGGGUCUGUCAAGGCCGCCAUGGUCGCUGCUCGCUGGGGUUGCGGAAGGGAGGAGGCAGAGAGGAGGCUGAGGGCCGCGGGAGGCAUACUGAAGCACGCGCUCGAGGAGGAUCUCGCCAACCUUUGA